GCUCUGGCCUGUGUGGGAGUCCUCGUCGCAGCAACGGCUGUGCUCGCUUUGUUUUGGAUGGAGUCAUACCUGCAGCUGAAGUGCAGGAGCUGGCGAAGCUCCUGCAAUGGCUUGUCUCUGAGGCGUGGGGAGCCGGGUCAGGGCCACCCAGCGUGGUGGAUCUCCAUGCGGAGACCAUCUCCUACAAGGACAACUUCGUGAACCUCACGAUGUUCAUGGAGUUCAAGUCCCUCAAGUUUUCACAGAAGCAGGUCGCGGCUUACCAGGCAGUGCGCCGGGUGCUGCGGGAACAGCUGUCACGGCUGUUUGGAGUCCCCCUGGAAGGGCUGCAGCAUGAUAUGACUUUCUUCUCCCACAUCAACGGCAGCAAGACAGCCCAGACCACGCAUGAUGAGUAUUGGCACUCUCACAUUGACACAGAGCAGUAUGGUACCUUCGCGUACACAGUCCUGCUCUACCUCAACACGGCAGAUGAUGACCGAUGA